GGUAGACCGACUGUCAAAGUCAUCUUUCGGCAAGUUGGUCGCGGUGUGUUUUUGGCUAAAUUGUUGCCAUUCCAUUGCACAUUAUAUCCCUUUUCUAAUCAAUAUUUAUUCAAUCAAACAAAAGUGUAUAGGAACUUCCUAGCCACAAAAUGCCGCCCAAAAAAGCUCCUUCCACGUCGAAGAAAACGGAAGCUAAAAAAAAGGAGAAAAUCAUCGAGGAUAAAACGUUUGGACUGAAGAACAAAAAAGGAGCGAAGCAGCAAAAGUUCAUAUCCCAAGUGGAAAAGCAGGUGAAGAGCGGUGGACAACAUAACCUUGCCCAGAAUGUGAACGUCAAGAAGGAAGAAAAGGAAAAGAAGCUGAAGGAACAGAAGGAACUGGCCAAACUGUUCAAGCCGGUGGCAACCCAGAAGCUGGAGGCCGGGGCCGAUCCUAAGUCGGUACUAUGUGCGUUUUUCAAGCAGGGUACCUGCACCAAAGGGGACAAGUGCAAGUUUUCGCACGAUCCUGCUGUUGAAAGGAAAUCUGAAAAGCGUUCGAUUCACGUCGACAUGCGAGAUGCCGAUAUGAACGAUACGAUCGAAAACUGGACCGAGGAGAAGCUGGCCGAAGUCGUAGCGAAGAAGCACGGUAAAGAGAAAACGAUGCCCACUACCACGAUCAUCUGCAAAUACUUCCUCGAUGCCGUAGAACGUUCAUUGUACGGUUGGUUUUGGGAGUGUCCCAAUGGCGAAAAGUGUAUCUACCGUCAUGCCCUCCCACCCGGGUAUGUAUUGAAAAAAGACAAGAAAAAGGCCGAAUCACAGAAAGAGGAGAUAUCGCUGGUCGAUUUGAUUGAGCGAGAGCGGGCAGCGCUCGGGCCGAGUCAAACGCGCGUUACACUAGAAUCGUUCUUGGCGUGGAAGAAACGUAAGAUACAGGAGAAGAAGGACAAGCUGCAGAAGGAGGAAGAGCGCAAACUGAAGGACUUCAAGGCCGGUCGCCAGAAUGGUCUGUCCGGUAGGGAAAUGUUCAGCUUUAAUCCGGAUCUGAUCGAUGAUGGAAUGGACGAUGGUGAGGUGGCGGUCGAAUCAUACGGUCGCAACGAAGAUGAGGAUGAUACUAUUGAGUACAGGGAGCUGGAUUUGAACAUGCUUAGUCUAAACAUCAAAGACGUUGAUAAUACUGGAACGGUUGCUGAAUCCGACCGGUGGGAGAAGAUGGCUGCGGAAGCAGCUAGUCGAACCAUCGUCGAAGAUAUUGACGGUGAAAAUGCUGCCGCAGGAACUACGAACGAUGCUGCACCUAUCAAUGAAAACCUGUUCCUGGAAGAAGACCUCGAAGGAUUGGAUGACGAACUGAGCGAUGACGAUGAUGACGAGGAAGAUGACGGUGAAGCUUCUAACGAAACGAGUGAAAAAUCGUGAUAAAACACCUGAGCGAUACAUCUCACUCCAGCGAGUCCGGACCCACUCGAUCAGCUAGCACAAGUCUACAUUGUCGUACUUUUUGCAGAUUCCGAUAUUCUCUUAUCGUACGUACGAAAUGCUUCUUCGUUGCAAACCACUCACACGUACAGUGUGCGAGAAAAGUGUUGGAAAACAGUUUUAAUUAAACUAUAAAAUGUAAUAAAGAUAGUGUUUACAUUUUGCUUCUGUAAUUAUACAUCGAAAACUAUGAAUGUUUUUAACUCCUGCCACUAUUAACUACAACAAAGUUCGACCACAUUUUUUUCAGAGUAAUUUGCUCUGAAUCAUAUUGCAUUUUCAGACUUCCGCACAAAAUGUAGCUGAAACGAUAAGAAAAUGUGUAUCAUUUAAUAUCAAAUGCAAUAAGACUUAUAACUUUGUUUCGAACACA